AAAAAAAAACUGCUCGAUGCUCCUUACAAUACUCCUGGUAGCUCUCCCCCUUUUGUAUUUUAAAUGUAUUAUGUAAUAAACAUUCAAUAAGAUCUACCUUCCUCACUCUGAGACAAGCUCUCAUAUAUCCAAGUAUAGCCUUGAACUCUCUAUGUACUAUUGUCCAGAAUGAGCAUGAAGUUCUCGUCAUCAGCCUCCAUCUCCCAGGCAGGGACUGCAGCGUGCACUGCUAGGCCAGGUUCAUGUAGUGCUGAGGCUCAAACACGGGACUUCAUCUGCGCUGGGCAAGCACUGGAACAACUAUAUUCCUAGCACCAUGCUCCUUUUUGUGUAUAGUUUUGUGAAUUUGGACAAAAGCGUAGAGUUGUAUGUUAUUAAAACCCUUUUUAUAAAAAGUAUAGUAUUGGGGGGAGGAGGUAUGGAAUGAGGAACAGUCAGAGGGUGGACUGGGAUGGGGAUAAAGACUGGACUGUAAAAAAAGAUUAAAGCAUUUUUUUUUUAAAAAGUAUAGUAUUGUGUAACUAACUAGUCACCAUAUUCAAGAUGGAGAAAAGUCCCCUCUUCUUUUAAAACAAAAUUUUAUUGUAUUUAUUUGUGUGUGUGUGUGUGUGUGUGUGAGUGUGUGCACACAUGUAUGUGUGUCAUGUGGCAUGGUAGACAUGUGGCAAUCAGAUGACAACUUAAGGGAAUUGAUUCUAUCCUUUCACCCAGAAUUCAGUCUCAGCUUGUCAGUCUUGGUGGCAAGCUCCUUUACUACUGAGCCAUCUCAUUGGCUCCCCAUCUGCACUUAAGCAGACAGCCCCCAGGUUAUAGUGGUUCAACUUAAACAAUUUUUUUUGUCUUAACUAAUUAUUUUUUGCAUUAGAUAGACAUCAUGCUACUACUUUUGGAUUUGGAUCCUUUCCUCAGGCUAACAAUAUGAGUUCUGAUUUUUCUCUCUAGAUGCUGGGUAGCAGCCAUUAGCCAAGCCGCCACUCAGUCUUUUGAUCACAUGGGGAAAUAUCCAACAUGCUCCAUACAGCAUACUGUGAUGUUAAAUUUGACUGCUCAGUCAUUCAAGAGUUCUAAAUGCAUUUACUUCUUAGGCUGCCUUUACUCAUUGAUGUGUUAGUGGGGACGUGUCCUCCUUACAAGUCAAGACACAUUGCACAGCCCUUUCCCAAUGGCCUCCCAUUGCUUUGUUUUCCACAUAAACCCACUGGCUCAGAGUUUCCAGGACUGGUUCCUCCCUCUAUGUGAUUGAGGAUCCCAAGUGAUUGUAACUUGCACCAGAGGAGAAGCUGUGUCCUGAGGACAUCACUUCCUAACUGACAGGGACUUUCUUGGCCCCUUGGAGUAUUCUUGGAGCUGUGACGCCCAAGACUAGGCUCAGACUGGUAAUGAGAACAGCUAGUCUUUCUCAAGGACAUAAUACCUGAUAGGUGUUGUGCCAAACACAUAGACUGUACCCUUUCUCACUCUGCCCACUGUUGCACAAGGUAGAUCUGUCAUCUCCACCUUAUAGAUGAGGAGCCUGAAGCUAAAGAUAAUGUACUUUGUUCAGACCACAUAGCCAUGGUAUAGUGGAGCAGGACUGGGUUCCAGGCAGACCCAUCACAAUGUCCAUACUCCUUACCCCUGUACUAUAUUGUGAACUCUCAACCAAAAGAGUGGUGACCUGCCCCUCUAGACAAAGGCACAGUUAUCCAAAAUGGCUCUCACAUCCUCAGAAGAUUCUCCUGGUACAACUGGCUGGAGUGUUGGUGUUCCCAAAGUAGGGGUGAUUUUAGAAGGACCACGAGGGUAGAGAGCAGAGCACUCUGAGCUCCUGGGGUGAGCAAGUCAAGACCUAGGCUGGGUUGGGGCUUGGGGAGACAUCUGUGUUUCUGUGCUGACAGCAUCUUUCCUCCCUGUGCACUGGACAGAAGCUCCUCUGUUUCUCUCCAUCUGACCUGUUUCCUCCUCUGGCUCUCAAGUUCCUGGCUCCUCUGAGUACCUCUUCUUAAGCCCCCAUCUCUUCUCUCUCUGCCUCAGCUUGGCCUCCGGAAUGCCCCCCGCUGCUGGGCAGUGAUCCAGCCCCUGCUGUGUGCUGUCUACAUGCCCAAGUGUGAGAAUGACCGAGUGGAGUUGCCCAGCCGCACCCUCUGCCAGGCCACCCGAGGCCCCUGUGCCAUUGUUGAGCGGGAGCGAGGGUGGCCUGACUUUCUGCGUUGCACACCGGACCACUUCCCUGAAGGCUGCCCAAAUGAGGUACAAAACAUCAAGUUCAACAGUUCAGGUCAAUGUGAAGCACCCUUGGUGCGGACAGAUAACCCCAAGAGCUGGUAUGAGGAUGUGGAGGGCUGUGGGAUCCAGUGCCAGAACCCGCUGUUCACGGAGGCUGAGCACCAGGACAUGCACAGUUACAUCGCAGCCUUUGGGGCCGUCACCGGCCUCUGUACACUCUUCACACUGGCCACCUUUGUGGCUGACUGGCGGAACUCCAAUCGCUACCCUGCAGUUAUUCUCUUCUAUGUCAAUGCGUGUUUCUUCGUGGGCAGCAUUGGCUGGCUGGCCCAGUUCAUGGAUGGGGCCCGCCGGGAGAUUGUUUGCCGAGCAGAUGGCACCAUGAGAUUUGGGGAGCCCACCUCCAGCGAGACCCUGUCCUGUGUCAUCAUCUUUGUCAUCGUGUACUAUGCCUUGAUGGCUGGAGUAGUCUGGUUUGUGGUCCUCACCUAUGCCUGGCACACCUCCUUCAAAGCCCUGGGUACCACCUACCAGCCUCUCUCGGGCAAGACAUCCUAUUUCCACCUGCUCACGUGGUCGCUCCCCUUUGUCCUCACUGUGGCGAUCCUUGCUGUGGCUCAGGUAGAUGGAGACUCCGUGAGUGGCAUCUGCUUUGUAGGCUACAAGAACUAUCGGUACCGUGCUGGCUUUGUCCUGGCCCCAAUUGGCCUGGUGCUUAUUGUGGGAGGUUACUUCCUCAUCCGAGGGGUCAUGACUCUGUUCUCCAUCAAGAGCAACCACCCUGGGCUUCUGAGUGAGAAGGCAGCCAGCAAGAUCAAUGAGACCAUGCUGCGCCUGGGCAUUUUUGGCUUCCUGGCCUUUGGCUUUGUGCUCAUCACCUUCAGCUGCCACUUCUAUGACUUCUUCAACCAGGCUGAGUGGGAGCGUAGCUUCCGAGACUAUGUGCUGUGCCAAGCCAAUGUGACCAUCGGGCUGCCUACCAAGAAACCCAUUCCUGACUGUGAGAUCAAGAAUCGGCCCAGCCUCCUGGUGGAGAAGAUCAAUCUGUUUGCCAUGUUUGGCACUGGCAUUGCCAUGAGCACCUGGGUCUGGACCAAGGCCACCCUGCUCAUCUGGAGGCGCACCUGGUGCAGGUUGACUGGGCACAGUGAUGAUGAACCCAAGAGAAUCAAGAAGAGCAAGAUGAUUGCCAAGGCCUUCUCUAAGCGGCGUGAACUGCUGCAGAACCCAGGCCAGGAGCUCUCCUUCAGCAUGCACACUGUCUCCCAUGAUGGACCUGUUGCGGGUUUGGCUUUUGACCUCAAUGAACCCUCAGCUGAUGUCUCCUCUGCCUGGGCCCAGCAUGUCACCAAAAUGGUGGCUCGGAGAGGAGCCAUAUUGCCCCAGGAUGUGUCAGUCACCCCUGUGGCAACUCCAGUGCCACCAGAAGAACAAGCCAACCUGUGGCUGGUUGAGGCAGAGAUCUCUCCAGAGUUAGAGAAGCGUUUGGGUCGGAAGAAGAAGAGGAGGAAGAGGAAGAAGGAGGUGUGCCCCUUGGGGCCAGCUCCAGAGCUUCACCACUCUGCCCCUGUUCCUGCCACCAGUGCAGUUCCCCGACUGCCUCAGCUGCCUCGGCAGAAGUGCCUGGUAGCUGCAAACACCUGGGGAACAGGGGAGUCCUGCCGACAGGGAGCCUGGACUCUAGUCUCCAACCCUUUCUGCCCAGAGCCUAGUCCCCAUCAAGAUCCGUUUCUCCCUGGUGCCUCAGCCCCCCGGGUCUGGGCUCAGGGCCGCCUCCAGGGGUUGGGAUCCAUUCAUUCCCGAACUAACCUAAUGGAGGCUGAGCUCUUGGAUGCAGACUCCGACUUCUGAGCCUGCAGGGCAGGUCCUAGGAUGGUAAAGACAAAUGCACACCUUUGUAUGGCUCUUCCUGAGAGCAUACCUCUGGGGUCUCAUCUGACAGAGUCUGUGGGCCAAGUAUCAGCAUAGAAGAGCUGUGUAUGUCUGGUUAGAAGCAGCCAGACUGUGGAAACAAGCUGAAUCAGGACCCUGCAGCUCAGAACCCUUGCCUCUGCCAACCAAUUAGAGUCUGGCUGGCAGUGUUAGUCUCCAACAGAGCUUGUACUAGGGCAGGAAUGGCAGAAGCAGGGGUGACAGUAUCCAGAGUGGGCUGUGGUGGGCUGUGAGGUAGCCAAGCCCAUGACUGGCAGAUGAGGGCUGGCUGCUCUUCUCUGUGCUAUUGAGUGCCCUUUUCUGGCACUCUCAGACCAAAAGUGUUUAUUGUGUCUUUUGUCCUUUGUCUAGGUGGGGACAGGACUCUCUUUUUCCUCUUCCUGGUAGUUGUAACCAGGAAUGACCACUCCCAUAAGGGCUAUAACUGCUCUCAACAGGUGGCCCUACCCAAAACACAUCCUCUCUUUUCCUGUUCUAUCCCUGCAUUCACAUCUCAGUUCCACUAGGCCAACCUCUUCCUGGUUAGCACCUUAAAACUGCAGUGAGCACACACACACACACACACACACACACACACACACACACUCACACAUGUCCCUUACUUCUGAGCUCCAUCUUAAGUGAGAGACUACUGGUUCAGCCCCAGGCCUCUGAGAGACAUAUUUCUUCCUCACGUCUAUCCAGUGGGGAUGGACCCUCUGAUUUAAGGGGCCACCUUGGGAAGCUUCUGUAACUUCAGCCAGGCAAGAAAGCUUUUUCCAACUUCUGUAUCUGGUGGGAAGGGGACUCCCCACUUUUUACAAUGUCUAGUCAUUUUCAUAGUACCCUACAUUCAAGAACCAGACAGCAGGAUCCCUUAGAAGCUGGCUGGGUUCCGGGUCAGGGGCUCAGUAUGAGAAGAAAAAAUAUGAACAAUAAAUAAAACAUUUUUGUAUAA